CACUUCGAGGUCAUGUGACCAGGCGUGAACCAAUCAGAAGGAUGCUGUCGAAGCGCUUGGUUCCUUCACCGAGAUAGAGAGAGGAAAAAAAAAGAGAGAGACAGAAAGGGGAACCAUGUCUACAAGCGUUUAAAAAACAAAGCCAGCAGAGGUUACCUGUCGCGCUUUGGAUUGUCUUUUAGGCUGACGUUAAACGCGGUGUUGUGUUGGAAUACCUCAGAGGAAUAUACCGUCGUGGAGAGUGACAGAGUGGAUAUGGAUAAUGGCCCGAACAUAUUGAAUAGCUUCGUCAGAGGAGGAGGAGGAGGAGGGAGUGCUACAGCGCGAGGAAAGAGGAUUCAGAGCGAAUAAAGGCAGCGAGACUAAAAAACUAAAACAAAACAAACACUCGGACUGCUCUUUAUCAUAGCUCGCAUUUCAUGUAGACGGCUUUCACAGGGAUUUCUGAAUGGCUUGUCGGUUUUUCGCCCUCGCUGCUAAUAAAACGACCGAGGUCGAGUCGCGGUAGCUCUCCUCUCUUCUCCUCUUCUCCUCUUUUCUCCUCUCCGUCCCAGUAAAAGCCUGCGCUAAUCACCGAGGCGACCGGUUUAGCCUCUCAGUGUUUCCGUGUGAACUGACCGCUCUGCUCGGAGCUCGCCCUCGACAUGGAUUUUAACGGCAGCGGCUUGGGCAACGAGCUGCACAAUAACCAGACGUACCAGUGCGAGGAGAGCAAGCCUCUGCUGGAGCCGGAGGGUAAUAAUAAUAACAGUAAGGUGGGCGCGGGGCCGUGCCGCCGGAGCGCGCUUCACUGCAGCGGUGGUGGUGGAGGAGGAGGAGGAGGAGGAGGUGGAGGUAUGCGCUAUAAACUCCUGCACGAGGGAGACAUCCAGGUGUGCGCCGUCAAACACCCGCGCACCUUCCUGAGCAAAAUCCUCACCUCCAAGUUCCUGAGGAGAUGGGAACCCCACCACCUCACCCUGACCGACAGCAGCAUCGUGUCUGCCACGCCUACAGGCUACAUGGAGGCAGCUCUGUCCUACAGUACUAUAGAGGACCUGCAGCUGUUGUCUUGGGACAAUGCCCCCAAAUACUGUGUCCAGCUCAGCGUCCCUGGAGGGACCGUUCUUCUGCAGGCCGCCAACAGCUAUCUGCGGGACCAGUGGUUUCACUCUCUACAGUGGAAGAAAAAGAUUUACAAGUACCGCAAGGUCCUGAAUAAUCCCAGCCGCUGGGACGUGGUGCUGAAGGAAAUCCGAGCUCUGGUGGACAUGGCACUUACCUCUCCACUGCAGGAUGAAUCUAUCCACCAAGCCCCGCUUCACAUUAUCUCCACCCUACUCGCUGAGAACACCAACCUCAGUGCCCAGGACCAUGAGAGCAUCAUUGUGGCGAUUGCUCCCCUGCUGGAAAAUAACCACCCUCCCCCUGACCUGUGUGAAUUUUUCUGCAAGCACUGUCGCGAGCGUCCACGCUCCAUGGUGGUCAUUGAAGUGUUCACUCCAGUGGUCCAGAGAAUUCUCAAACACAACAUGGAUUUUGGGAAGUGUCCCAGACUGCGUCUCUUUACUCAGGAGUAUAUACUGGCUCUGAAUGAACUUAACGCAGGCAUGGAGGUAGUCAAGAAGUUCAUCCACAGCAUGCAUGGCCCCACUGGACAGUGUCCUCACCCUCGGGUUCUCCCUAACCUGGUGGCAGUGUGCCUGGCUGCUAUUUACUCCUGCUAUGAGGAGUUUAUUAACAGUCGUGAUAACUCUCCUAGUCUAAAGGAGAUAAGGAACGGUUGUCAGCAACAGAGCGAGCGGAAGCCCCCGAUGCCCAUACGGUUGAUGCGUCCCGAUCCUCCAACCGCCCUUUCGCCCCCUCCUCCCUCUAUCGUCAACUCCAGUGAGAUCUUGGUUGAGCUGGAGCGCAACAACAACACUGCCAACACUGCGUUGCGUAAGGCGCCCGCAGGGGGCGACAGUGAACCCAGCCUAAUCGAGUGCUUGCUGGUGAGCCCAGCUCUCAGCGCUCUGUCCAUUCAGCUCCCUGCCCAGGCUGACCGAGUGCUGGCCUGCUUUGCUCUCAUCCUCAAAAUGCUCUCGGACUAUGAUGACUGGAGACCAGCGCUGGCUAGCCUGCUGCAGCCCAUCCCAUUCCCCAAAGAGGCCCUUGCUCAUGCCAAAUUUACGAAAGAGCUGAAGUACGUUAUUCAGAGGUUUGCCGAGGACCCCAGACAGGAGGUGCACUCCUGUUUACUCAGUGUGCGUUCUGGAAAAGAUGGCUGGUUUCAGCUCUACAGUCCAGGAGGCGUGGCCUGUGAUGAUGAUGGAGAGCUGUUUGCCAGCAUGGUUCACAUCCUCAUGGGUUCUUGCUACAAGACGAAGAAAUUCCUUCUGUCUCUGGCAGAAAACAAACUGGGGCCCUGCAUGUUGCUGGCACUGCGAGGGAACCAGACCAUGGUGGAGAUCUUGUGCCUGAUGCUGGAGUAUAACAUUAUAGAGAAUAAGGACACUCAGCUACAGAUCAUCUCUACCCUGGAAAGCACACAGGUCGGCCUGCGCAUGUACGAGCAGCUGUGUGACAGACAGCGAGAACUUAAAGAGCUGCAAAGAAAAGGAGGGCCUACCCGACUCACUCUGCCAUCCAAGUCCACGGACGCUGAUCUUGCCCGUCUACUGAGCUCUGGCUCCUUCGGGAACCUGGAAAACCUGAGUCUGGCCUUCACCAACGUCACCAGUGCCUGCGCUGAGCAGCUCAUCAAGUUGCCGUCCCUCAAACAGCUCAACCUGUGGUCCACUCAGUUUGGAGACGCAGGGCUGCGACUGCUUUCGGAGCACCUGGCCUGCCUGCAGGUCCUCAACCUGUGUGAGACACCAGUCACUGAUGCUGGUCUGCUAGCCCUCAGCUCGAUGAAGAGCCUGUGCAGUUUGAAUAUGAACAGCACUAAACUCACUGCAGACACCUACGAGGACCUAAAGGCCAAACUCCCCAACCUGAAAGAGGUGGAUGUUCGUUACACAGAGGCCUGGUAAACCUAAUCAGCACCCCCCAAUUCUCAAGGAAUCUCUGACAUCAUAUAAGCAUAAGGAUUUGCUGACGCCAUCAACACACCAAGCCUUUAACAUCAUCACAAUCAGUAAUUUGCAGACAAGGACUGUCUUUAUAGGAACAUUAUUCAACACCAAGGACUUUCUGGUGACAUGAGCCCAGCAUUUGUGUAUUGUCAUCAACAAAACACAGAGAGGACUUUCUUUGUAGCCACAUUAAAAGCGCAAGAAUAUUUAUAGUGACAUCAUCAAAUGAAAAGGAGGCCCAUUCUAUUUAUAUCACAUAAGGAGACUUUAGCUUGUUCUCUUUUUUUUUUUUUUUUUUUUUGUCUUUCCUGAUUUUUCACCUCUCGAAGGCAACCCCGUCAGCUCCAACUGGUUCUCCUUGCAAGUGUGUCUGACCAAAACAACACCACUCUUUUUCUUUUCCCAAGAUCAGAGACUUAAAUGCUCAGAAGCUGACUCUCCUGCCUUCAUCCUUUUCUCUUUUUUUUUUUUUUUUUUUUUUUCUUCCCUUCUUCUUCUUCUCCAUGGGGAGCCAUUUCCCCAGAGGUGCACCCUGACUGGCGAGAGCCACAUUCCAGUACAGUUUUGAUGUCGCCUCCCUGCGGAAAAGCCGUGCGUUCGUGCUUGGUCGUCUCAAUUCUGAUUCUGCCAUUUUUCUAUCCUUCAUCACAACUUGAUGCUGUUGCCUCUGAUGUAGAAAGGUGGUAACCUGAGUGUCCACUACUGUAUACACUCAUUUUAACCUCUCUCUUUCUCUCUCUUGAAAAUUUUUAUCAACUUGAAUGAGCAUAUUUUUCCACACAUCUCUGCUUUCAUAAAUUGUGUGUUUAUACAGUAUAAAGUAUAUAUAUCGAUAUCUAUAUUCCCUUUUGACAUUUUAACAACUUCAGGAGCUUGGUUGUACAACCUACUAGAAGAAUUUUAUCUUUUUUUGCUUCUUUGUUUUGUCCACAUUUCUCUGGUCUCAUUGUACAAAGUACAAGUUUGUUCCUGCACCCGUAUUUAAGUCAGCGGUCGUUUGGAAGGUAGUCUGGGACUACUCAAUAUUUAUGAAGCCUCUUUCUUCUCAGUUUGGGCCCUAGCUUUUCCUCACAAUCCAUCUCUCUCUGACUUUUUUUUCUUCUUUUCUUUUCAUGUUUGUUAAAUCAAAUCAGCCAAGAUGGUGCCUACAGGACAUUUUCUAUGAAGAGUGCACCUCUUAAGAAGUGGCGUCAUGAUCGCUGGAUGCAAUCUGUGUAAAUAUCUCAGCAAAUAUCAUCAGCUUUGGUGAAAUGUUUGAUUUCCUAUAAUGCUUGUUUUACAAUGCAGGAUUAUCACAUAUGACCUACUACGAAAUGUUGUGCACAUUUAUAAGAAAUCAAACAUCAAGCCAUAAUUUGUAAAACAGUCAAAAGUUAUUCAUGUUCUUUAUUUUCCCACUUAACAUUUCCAAAGGUUCUACUGUUACUGGUCACCAAGUCAGGUAAACCUUAGAAGGAAGAGAUCAUGGAGCAUGUUGUUGAAUUGUGCAACAAAGUGUCUUCUGUAAACAUCCAUAUAUAAUAUGCAAACGUUCCUGUAGGUGGUGGGCCAGUUGGUUAUAGCUGAUGGCUAAAUGAACGCUUUGUUUAGAUGUAAUAAUAGAUUUGGAUUACAGCGCCCUCAGAAACUGUACCAGUCUGCUCGUCUCUUCUCUCCCUGCACUUCCAACUACAGACAGAUCACGCUCUGAUUUGCUACCCCAGUCUGCUUGACCAGUCUCUGAUUGGACAGUUUAAUUUUGCCAUUAUUACGAUUGGUCCAGUGGAGGAACCUGAACUGUGCGGUAGCUUUAAACAGAGCGUGGAGAUGGACAUCGUGCACUGAGAGUUUAAUACUGUGUGUAUCGUGGAUGGUAGCGGCACAGAGGUCCAUCGUGUUCUACCAUCUCAGGUCCAGAUAAAGACGCUGCGUGGUUGCAUCCUGUAUAAUGUACAUACAAGUGUAUAUAAUUUCCCUCACCCACUCUGUCUGUCGUAUAAUUCUUUAUUCCUUUCUUUCUCUCAUCUUUUUGAGAGACUGCUGUUGCCUUCAUUUUCAGGAUAUGUCUGUGUGUGUGGUCAGCUUUUCUUUUUUUUUUUUUUUUUUUUUUUUUUCUUCCCCAGACCAAGUGCACUGUAAUAACCUUCAAAAUGUCAUCUUUUAAUUGUUUUUGUCACUUUAGUUCAUGUUUUGUUGCUUGUUUUGAAAUGUUUUUUCUUUUGCUGCAUGUACAAUGUUGCAUUAGCAGAUGUUUUAAUUUUGUAAUUUCAUUUCAAAUACUUAAAUCAGAUAAGCGUCAGAGCAAGGAAGAAGUGAGUGUGUAAUUACAGACCAAGGACUUCAAUAACUGUAAACUGUAGGCAGCAGAAAUGUAAUUAGUUGCCAUUAUAAACGAGAAGCCAGUUCGCUCGGUAUGAGAGAGUGAACUGAACGCUAUAAUGGUUGUAAACUAGUGCGUUGGCUCAGUAGAGGAAAUCUGCUGUCUAUGCCCCCACUACAAGUCCUCGGAGAAGAUGUCUGGAAUGGUUCUACUGUGUAAAGUGGACCAUAUCUCAGUGAGAGAGAGCUACAUAUCGUGAAGAGUUUCCCAGCCAUUGUUUUGUUUGCAGCCUCUCAAAAAAGGGCAAUGGGGCUAGAAUAAUUUGGGAAUCAAUUUUUUUUUUGUAUAAAAAGUGGGGAUAACUGCUUUUAUGGAGCUUGUCAACUAUUAGUCAUCUUUCUGUUGUCACUCACUGCUUUUUGCAUUGGUUUAUCUCCUCUCACACCCUCCUACCCCUCUCUCACAAUAGUACAGUUUUUCUGCAAUUUCUAAAAAAAAGAAAAAAAAAAAAAAGCUUUCUAUCAUUUUGAAUUGUGACUGAGUCUUAAUGUGGUGAUGAACGGGACGUCUACCACUGCAGUCCCCUCCUGGGCGCAGUCAUGUACAUAAAUUAACUACAUUUCCCAUGAUUCCUGGAGUUUUUUGCAGAUAGAACUGCUGCCUUUAUUUCCUCCUGUCUGUGUUUAACUGCUUCUACAGCUGGGUCGCUGCUGCUGCUCUGUGGCUGUUGUAAUGACAAUACAAGACCUUGAACAGGAAAAUAAGUCAGCAAAGAUGUGAAAUAAUUUCAAUCAGAAUAAACUCUCUGUGAAUAUGUUUCAAAUGCAAA